ACUGAGAGUCAUACUAGGUUUUGAGACUAAUGAAAACACAUAAAGGAUCAUCUACACAAGAUUUACAAUACCAGUCUAAACGGACCAAUACCUGAUAUAUGCCUAAUAUACACUGGGUUACCAUUGCAAUAUUGAUUCUAGCUGACAGGGGAGAUAAACCACUGAUAAAAUGUUCACACUGAGAGCUGCUCCUCAUCACUAUCCGGACUUUUGCUGGGGUCGACGACCAUCAACUUGCAGACAGACAUUCACCCCAAGACAAAUGCCUCGGUAUACCUACCCCUGGGACAGCUGCCUUUUUCAAGACUGGACGGACACCAUGCUUCUACCCCUCUUUGAGUCUAUGAUGAACCUUAAAUCUGACAAACAGUAUGGACAACACAAACGUCCUAAGGCCAAGAACUGGGUACGCAAACUGAAUCUUAGAGGAUAUGGACCAGAUGACGUCACGAUCACCACCAAGGCGGGGUGUGUCCUCAUCAAAGCCCGUCGCAUAGAAGGGGAGGGGGACUGUUCUGACGUUUACGAGAGUAACAGAUCCGUGACUAUACCGGAAGGGGUCGACGUCUGCUCCAUGAAAAGUCACUUCUCAUCAGAUGGGGUUCUUACUAUCAUAGCAAAUGUCACAAUCGAGGACGAAAAUAAGGAGUCUCUGGAGGUGCCUGUGGAGAUCGUGAAGGAAAAACAAAAGUCCCUACCAGCUCAGGACGGAAAAGGGGACUCAAAAGGAGACACACAGAAUAGCGACGCCUUUGUGUAUCCCGAGAGCGUUGGAAGCUUUAUUGGGAAAGAGGACUUUGAGGUUGUUGAGCCUGAAAGGACAAAUACCGACGGUGACCUUAACCUUCGGGGAACUGAUCUCACAAUUGACUUCGACCAAUCUCUAACUGAAAAUGGAGAUGCAGGUCUGUGUCCUAAUGAAGAACUUGAGAUCCACCACGAGGAUGUGGAGACACAUGUCGAGGAGGCAGUGGAGAAGUGUGAGGAGGAUGGGAAGAGUGUAAUCGACGAGACACAGAAGGCGUUCAAACUGUCCUUCAACAAAGACCAGCUCGCCGGCGAUGACGUCAAAGUGCUAGUCAAGGAUAACUGUUUACUGGUCAAGUCCCAGAGUAAGACGUGUGAGGAGGAUGGGAAGAGUGUAAUCGACGAGACACAGAAAGCGUUCAAACUCUCCUUCAACAAAGACCAGCUCGCCGGCGAUGACGUCAAAGUGCUAGUCAAGGAUAACUGUUUACUGGUCAAGUCCCAGAGUAAGACGUGUGAGGGUGGGGUAUCGCGAUCAGUGUAUUACGCCACACAACACACGUUACCAGACGACAUUGACGUCAGCAAACUCUCGUGCUCAAAGAGAUCUGACGGAGAGUUUCUUGUCACAGCUCCAUAUAUAAGGAGUUAGGCUUCGUGAUGAAACCAAAUCCAAAGAGACAAGUACACACCUCCAUGUGUAUGAUAAACUUUGAAAGAUGUUCACAGCUUAAUUAAUGAAUAGAGGAGAGUGAUAAUAGCAUGUGAUUCUUAGAUUCUAUCUUGUGUUUUUAAAAGAAUUUGUAAUUGAAGGCGGAAAAGCGUAAUUUUUGUAUGGAAUUACAUUAUUUUUGGUGUGUCUUACUUGCCAUUGGUUAAACAAUUUCUGUGUGAAAGGAAAUCCGCUUGAACUGUAUUUUGGGAAAAUAUGAUGAGAAUAUUUAAUUUUUGUAUUUUAAUCAAACAUUGAUUAUUAACAGAACAGGCUUACAUAAAACCUUUGUAUGCAAUAGCUUUCUUUUAAUACGAUACAAGUUUUCUUCGGAGAAACCCUUGGAUUUUUCUUCGCUUAAAAAUAUUACUGACAUAGUAUAAUGGGACACAUAUAUAUUUAUUUAAAUGAGUUAAUUGAAUUAGGCAUUUGUAAAAGGUUGUGCAAUAUGUAACUGUCAUAAACCUAUAGGUAUCGUGCGCUUGGUAAUGAAUUGAAUUGAAAUUGUAUCGAAUGAUUUAGUUUUGUCUAAAUGUAGUAUACAAUAUUUGUUUUUUAAAGUUUCCUAAUAUUUACAUGACUCUGCAUGUUGUUUCAAGUGAAAAGUAAUUGUUUUCUGUCGAAUGAUAGACUGAUCGUUGAUAUUCAUUAUAACAUUGUAACUUCAUUAAUCAUUGCAGUUUGUUUCUGUUAUAAAGUCAUAUAUUACACUAUUGUGUAUUAGUCCUUGUUUGUGUUAUAACAACACAGUCAAUAAAAAAUCAAAAAAUCUUAA